AUGUCUGAUAACCUUCGGCGUGCCUUGUUGAGCAAAAUAGAAAAGGCGGAUACCGUAGUAAAAUCUGAUUUGAACCUAUGUUCUACCAAGACUUCCAGCGCAACGAGCAGAGCAAUGUCUGACGAUCUACCCACCUGGGAAGACUAUUUUCAAACAAAUGAGCAAGUAUCGCUAAAAAAGCGCGGGUUCAGUUUUAACACUUAUUUCUCAUUACCGAGACCAGAACAGAUACCUGAAUCGUCUGAAAACCAAUCGGUACCAAUAUUUAUAUUUCAUCAUGGAGCUGGAUCUUCAGGGCUGAGUUUUGCUCCUCUUGCCCAGUCGUUAACAGAAAGACUCGACGGUUCGUGCGGCACUUAUACAUUCGACGCACGAGGCCAUGGAUCUACCGCGCCUCUAAAUACUGAGAUGUCAGAAACUCCCGAUUACAGUUUAAAAGCUUUCGUGACGGACUUCCAGGAGCUUUUAAGCUCUUUCUACAUGGAUCAUCUUCAAACAUUGCCCGAAAAGCUUAAAAUUACUUUUGUUCUGGUAGGGCACAGUCUUGGGGGAAGCAUAUGUACCAACGCCUUUCAAGGAAUUGACGAAUUAUUACGCAAAAAGGUUAUCGGAGUUGCUAUGCUAGACAUAGUCGAAGAAGCUGCCAUACUGGCGCUAAACACGGUGGAUUCAUUUCUCAACAAGACCCCGAACGUAUUUCCAAAUUACACCAGCGCUAUUGAUUGGCAUGUUCAGAAAGGACUUUCUCGUCUUAAAACAAGUGCACAAAUUACCAUCCCAAGCUUAUUUUAUCCAACUGCUUCCGGAAAAGUAGUACGCAAGACUAAUUUGCAAACUUUCAGGCCAUUUUGGGACACCUGGUUCCAGAAGCUUUCUAGUAAGUUUGUCUCACUACCCACUAGUAAGCUGCUUAUACUGGCAGGUGACGAAAACUUGGACCGUGAGUUGAUCAUUGGACAGAUGCAAGGCAAGUUUCAGUUGGUUGUCUUCCACGAUUCUGGCCAUUUUAUUGAAGAAGACUCUCCAAUCAAAACGGCUAUAACACUUAUAGACUUUUGGAAGCGUAAUGAUACCCAGAAUGUAGUUAUUAAAACGAACUGGACUAAAAAAGACUCGCCAGUUACGUUGCACUAA